AGCGUUCGAGACGGUGGGGCGGGCCACGUCAGGCAGCCGGCGCGGGGCUCCGCUCGUAGCAGAAGGGAGAGUCUGCAUAUAUACAUGUAAGAGAAGCAAAAAUGUCAGAUGAUAUCAGGAAAAGGUUUGAAUUUCCAAAUUCUCUUAUCCAAUCACAGGCGGUGGGUCAUCUUAUUGCUGCAGUCCUGAAGGAAAAUGGUUUUUCAGAAAAGAUCCAUCAAUCUACAAACCAGACUCCGGCUUUGAACUUGCUGUGGGAGAAGUGUUGCAGUGAUAAUGUGGUGGUUCGAACAGCCUGCUGUGAGGGUCUAGUGGCCCUUGUUGCUCAGGAUCACGCAGAGUUCAGCUAUGUGCUCAAUGGGAUACUCAACCUGAUUCCAUCAACCAGGAAUACACAUGGCUUGAUAAAAGCCAUUAUGAAAUUAUUACAAAUGCAAGCUCUUAAGGAAGGACAAGGUGGGGAGAAGAAUAUUCGGAAUUUAUAUACUAUUAGAAAUCAUCCUCAGCCUUUGAUCACUAUGCUUGAACACAGACCUGACUGCUGGCCAGUACUUUUGCAGCAGCUGACGGCUUUUUUCCAGCAAUGCCCUGAAAGGUCAGAAGUUUCAUGUAUCCAAAUAAUGGCACCAUUUCUAUGGUAUCUAUAUUGCGAACCAUCCCAGUUGCAAGAAUAUGCUAAAUUGCGACUAACGCUGCUCAAAGUCUUACUUCAACCGUGGGUUCCUGGUGACCCAGAACAACCAUCAGUCUUGGAACAACAGAUACUUCGGCUGUGUUGUGACAUGGUUCCGUGUUUGCAGGUAAAAGAUUUGAUCCAGACAACAGAAGUGAUGCUGUUUAUUGAGGAAGUAUAUUUAAGCCUUCUGCGUCAUCCCGUUUUCUGGAAAAUUCAGCUUAUCCAGCUGACCCUUCAGCUGCUGUGUGUCUGCGAAGUCAGCUUAACAGUAACUGGGGAAUGCUCAUCUUUAAUUCACCUUUUAGAGCACAGUGUUGAACUUCUGAAGGAGGAUUUUCCUGUUGAACUGGUCAUGAUUGGAAUAGCUUUACUUCUGCUACAGACUCCAGCAAGUCAGCAGAAACCAAUCCUAAGUCUAGCUUUGAAGCUCCUCUCUGUUGCUGGGGGUCAGAAAAUUCCAAGGUCAUCCUGGGUGCUAGUGAUGCCAGUUCUGCAGAUACUGUCUUCUACUGCCUUGGAAGACUGUAUAUCCAUGCAUGAAGAAGGUCCUUCGAGGCAACAGUUGGCUUUGAACCUUUUGGAAAUGGUACAGCAGGAGUCCUACAGAGAUGACCACCAAAAGCUCUCCUACAAGCUCGCGUUCCCCAUAACCAGCAUGUAUGGAUCAAUAUUUACAGCCUGGAGGAUCCUUGAAGUAAUGAGAGAAGAGUCUGCGGCCAGUGACUGGCUGUUUUCCAUAGAGUCCUUGCUCCCUAUUACCACAGUGAUCCCUGUGCAUGUUUUCCUUUUGUUGGCUCACCUCCUUGUUGAAGAUCAAGGACAGAAUCUUCGCCAGAUACUGAAGGUCACUACAUUAUUAGCCCAAGCAGAUUCCUCUCAGGUACCAAAUCUGAUUCCAGUUUUAAUGUUCAAAUUGGGAAGACCACUGGAACCUGUGUUAUAUAAUGACAUCUUGUAUACUUUACCUACACUUGGUGUUCACAAGGUGUGUAUAGGCCAGAUUCUGCGAGUGAUCCAGCUUCUUGGAACCACUCCACAACUAAGAGCUGUCACUCUGCGCUUGUUGACAUCGUUGUGGGAAAAGCAGGAUCGUGUCUACCCUGAACUGCAGCGUCUCAUGGCCACGUCCGAUGUACCUUCUCUGUCUGUGGGCAGGGAAGUCCAGUGGGAAAAACUCAUCGCCAAAGCAGCAUCAAUCAGAGACAUAUGUAAGCAAAGGCCCUACCAGCAUGGAGCGGAUAUGUUGGCAGCCGCUUCCCAGGUGUUGAAUGAAUGCACCAAACCUGAUCAAGCCACUCCGGCAGCCUUGGUCCUCCAAGGUCUUCACGCGCUCUGCCAAGCGGAGGUCGUUUGCAUUCGCUCAACUUGGAACGCGCUCUCCCCAAAGCUCAGCUGUGACACGAGACCUCUCAUUUUGAAGACCCUCAGUGAACUGUUUUCUCUCGUUCCUUCCUUAACAGUCAAUACGGCUGAAUAUGAGAAUUUUAAAGUUCAAGUCCUCAGCUUCCUCUGGACCCACACUCAAAACAAGGACCCCGUUGUGGCAAAUGCCGCAUAUAAAUCUCUGUCACACUUCAGUGCUGGAGAACACACCAUUCUUCAUCUGCCUGAAGAGAUAAGGCCCGAAAUCCCUACUCCCGAUGAGCUAGAUGAAGACGAAGAUGAUGAGGGCGAUGAGAAGGAUGUGGAUCUUUCUGUUCCUGGCUCUUGCUAUCUCAAACUGUUGUCACUUACUGCUCCUUUGGUCUUACCAGCUUUGGAGGAAUUUUUUACAUCUCUUGUGAAGCAGGAAAUGGUGAAUAUGCCCCGAGGAGUGUAUCACUCUGCAUUAAAAGGAGGUGUCCGGUCAGACCAAGGAAAAACUGUAGCAGGAAUCCCCAAUUUUAUAUUGAAAAUGUAUGAAACCAAUAAGCAGCCAGGUCUGAAACCUGGCCUUGCAGGUGGUAUGUUAUUUUGUUACGAUGUUUCAACCUAUCAGAGUAAAGAUGGUAAACCAUUGAAUCGACUGAUGGCCAGUAGAGGGCGAAGUUUCAAGCAGACCUCACUUGCUCUAGUGCAUGAGGUUCACAUCCAGCUUUCCGAGUGGCACCGGGCAAUCUUUCUGCCACCGGCCUGGCUUGCAUAUAUGAGUCGAGCUUAUCAUGCCAUUUUACAGGUGGCAUCUGGGCACUCGGUUUUGAACAGGGUCCGAGACAUGUUGACUGAGGAGAUCACCAAGGCGGCGGCCAAGGAGAGCCCAGUGGUCAAGGGCAACGCACUGUUAGCCUUAAGCAGCCUCGCUGUCAUCGUAUCCAAACACGAAGCCAGUCUCUCUUCAGACUCGGAGGGGGUCCCGGAGGUUCAGCCUAAUUUCCUUUCAAUGAAGGAGUGGGUUUCCAUGGUGUCUGAUACUCUCCUGGUCAUUGUGGAUAGCCAUUACCAACCCAGAGGACAACUUUUCUCCUCCUUUUAUUAUAAAUCCUAUUCUGGUGAAAACACAGCUAGCGCGAUUGCCCGCUCCACUGCCGCCACGGCUUUGUCUCUCCUCGUGCCAGUUUUCAUGAUUUCUUGCAAAGAGAAGGUUGAGGAAAUCCUAAACAUGCUGACUGCCAGGUUACCUGGGAAACCAAGAGCUGAUGAGUCUCAAGCCGUGCAGAUCCACAUGGGCCUUGCUUUGGGGAUGUUUCUCUCGCGCUUGUGUGAGGAGAAACUCAGCGAUAUAUCUGGCCAACAGAUGAACCUUCUUCUGAUGAAGUCUCUGGAUGCCCUGGAAAAUUGCUGCUUUGAUCCUAGUCUUGAAUAUAACACGGGCUGUAUAUUGGGCGUUGGGCUUGUUCUGUCCCUCAUGAGCCACAGCAGCCAAACAGAGUCUCGAGUUCACGUGGCAGCAUCGCUUCGGAAGCUCUCGACGUACCUAGAUGACAGUGGGAGCCAAAGCAGAACAUUUCAGGAGGUCCUGGCCUAUACCCUCAGCUGCGUGUGUACCUCAGCGUUCAGUACUGGGAUCAUUGAGGCUGCAGAGGCUGAAGAUAUCAUGAACAAGCUUCUGAUGUUGGUAGAAAACAACCAACAGACUUCAGGUUUUGCCCUGGCGUUAGGAAACCUAGUUCAUGGUUUGUCUCUGUGCGGACAUGGAAAAGCUGAGGACUUGGGCCACAGACUGCUCCCCGCCUGGAUCAGAAUUGUUCUAGCACAGGGCACUCCUACAAUGCUCUGUUUGGCAGCGCUUCACGGCAUGGUGGCCUUGGUAGGCUCUGAAGGGGAUGUAAUGCAGCUGAAGUCAGAAGCUAUCCAGUCCUCUCAUUUUCAAGCCAGACUUAAUGAAGUCAUUAAAACUGUAACUCAGGUCAUCAGUGUGUCUGGCGUGAUUGGUCUUCAGUCAAAUGCUCUCUGGCUUCUAGGACAUCUUCACCUAUCUACUCUGUCCUCAAGUCAGAGUAGAACCUCUGUUCCCACCGACUACAGCUAUCUGCCCGAGAGCAGUUUUAUUAGAGCGGCCGUGGGCUUCUUCGUUACAGGAGGGAAAAAAGGAGAAGAGAUACAGCAGCUCUGCCUUGAAAUUGCCACGACACAGGCACCAUCGUCCCAGAAUGCAGCUGCGCUCUUGGGACUGUGGGUGACGCUGCCGCUGGUCCACGGCCUCAGUUUGAAUAUCAAGAAAUACCUCCUGGUGUCUACACCUCUGUGGAUAAAACACGUCUCUGACGAACAGAUCCUGGGCUUUGUUGAAAAUGUAAUGGUGGCAGUUUUUAAAGCUGCUUCCCCACUUCCCCAUCCUGAGUUAUGCACGAGUGCCUUACAGGGGCUGAGCCAGGCCAUGAAACUGCCCAGCCCUACCCACCACCUCUGGAGUCUGCUCUCUGAAGCUACUGGGAAAAUUUUUGACCUUCUGCCAAAUAAGAUUCGGAGAAAUGAUCUAGAGCUGUAUGUCAGUAUAGCAAAAUGCCUCUCAGAAAUGACAGAUGAUGAAGCCAAUCGGGUUGCCCAGAUUACUGAGGUAAGACCAUAUCUAUAUAUUUAUUUCCAUUAUAUAGCAAAACCAUGGUCUGGUAAGAAAACAUCCCUUUUUGUUUCAGGUGUGUUGAAGAGAAUGGAAUGGCUCCUGGAAUUGAUGGGUUACAUCAGAAAUAUUGUGUACCAGUCAACAUCUGUUCAGAACGUGGCUCUCGAUGAGGCUUUGGAUUUCUUGUUGCUGCUCUUUGCAACCGCAGUGGUGACCUGGGCAGACCACGCGGCCCCUCUCCUCCUUGGCCUCAGUGCUAGCUGGUUGCCAUGGCAUCGGGAAAAUGGCCCAGCUGGGUCAGCUUCAAGCUUCCUUGGCAGGAGUCCAAUGCACAGGGUCACUGUGCAGGAGGUUCUCACUCUCCUUCCCAGUAGCAUGCCUCUUCUGCUGCAGAAAGAGCCGUGGAAGGAACAGACCCAGAAGUUCAUUGACUGGCUCUUGAGCAUCAUGGAAAGCCCUAAAGAAGGCCUCUCCGCGAAAUCCAGGGAUCUUUUGAAAGCUACCCUGUUGUCCUUGCGAGUUCUCCCAGAGUUUAAGAAGAAAGCUGUAUGGACCAGAGCGUACGGUUGGUGACGUUUUGGGGGUAGCCAGCAGCAUCCUCAGCUGGAUGAGGAAAACCACAGAAAUGGAAGAAGGUUUUCAGAAUUCAUGCCUGGGGUCGUGGAGCCAUGAUGCAGAGGGUCAAGGGGCAUGAAAAGGUGCACACAAAACUGACCCCUUGACAGGUGCAUGCCAAGAGAAGGGGGCAUUGCUUCAGUGCCCAGGCCAGUUGGGACUGAAAGCAGAACUUGAAUUUUCUUUUCUUUGGCUGGAGUUCAACGUGAAGAUCUUCCUUGUGGAAACUUGACUACAUUAUCUUCUCCCCAUAAAUUCUAGUAAAAUAAUCUUGUGAA